CCAAGAGAAGCAGCUUAAAACCGAAUAACCCCGCCAGAAUGACCAGCAAUGAUACAGACUGCCAUUACUGCCUGCAGUCUCUUCGUGGAAGGAAGUAUGCAUUAAGAGAAGAAAACGCUUAUUGUGUUACGUGUUAUAACAGCCUGUUUGCCAACCCCUGUGAAGAGUGCAAGCAACCUAUUGAGUGCAAUUCCAAGGAUCUGGCCUACAAAGGCCGGCACUGGCACGAGAGGUGCUUCAAGUGUGCCAAAUGCAGUCGCUCGCUGGUGGAGAAACCGUUUGCUGUCAAGGACGAGCUCUUGCUGUGUACUGAAUGCUACUCUGACGAGUAUUCAUCGAAGUGUUUCCACUGCCAGAAGACCAUUAUGCCUGGUUCCCGUAAAAUGGAAUUUAAGGGAAGUUCCUGGCAUGAAUCCUGUUUCGUUUGCCAGUAUUGCCGGCAGCCCUUGGGAACAAAACCACUGAUCACCAAAGACAAUGAGAAUUACUGCGUGCCCUGUUUUGAGAAGCAAUUUGCUCAGCAUUGCUACGCUUGCAAAAAGGUAAUAACUUCUGGGGGAGUGACCUACCAUGACCAGCCUUGGCAUAAAGAAUGCUUUGUGUGUGCUGGGUGUAAAACUCAGCUGUCUGGACAAAGGUUUAUUUCCAAAGAUGAAUAUCCAUACUGUGUAGACUGUUUCAGCAAAUUGUAUGCUAAGAAGUGUGCUGCUUGCAAGAAACCUAUUACAGCUCUCGGAGGUGCCAAAUUUAUCUCAUUUGAAGAUCGCCAGUGGCAUGGGGAAUGCUUUAACUGCGCUAAAUGCUCUGUCUCGCUGGUGGGCCAAGGAUUCCUCACUCAGCGGGAUGAUGUCCUCUGUCAUGAAUGUGGCUCUGCUUCAUAGUUCUGUGGAGAGCUGUACGGAUGCAUUAUUUUCUCUCUGUAACCAUGUCCUUCAUUACUCUGCAGUAAGAAAAUAAUCUAAAAGGUAUAGCAGUUAUUUAGCCAUUCAACUAACUUUCCAACAGCAGUUUAAUUCUAUCAUAGUUCUCAAUGGCUUGUAAAAAAAAUUUAAACAGUCCCAUAUUGGCUAAGAAAGUAAUGCAGAAAAGAUUCUUAUAUAUUUUAAAUCUCACUACAGUAUGUUUCUCCUUGUAACACACUGCACUCUGCUGUUAGAAGCUUACAAAUUUUCAUUUCAUCUCUCACGAACCAAAAAGGAUUGUGAAAAGUCUAUAUGGCGUGACUAAUGAUGAGGUAUUAGUACUGC